GCAUUCUGCACCUGAGCUAUGUCAGCAUUUACGUUCCAAAUAAGCCUGUUUCUACCCUCUUUGAUUUCGCCCCAUCAUUACAUUCUCCUUAUCCAUCUUUCCGACUCUGUUUACUCGCCUUCUCUUCAGGAAUAGUCAAAGUGAACAGCACUUGCAGUCAUGGAUUCCAUAUUCUUACCAUUCUUUGGGUAAUGAAAUGAUUCUUUUUUCAUGAAUCCACUUUUGUUUUGUUAGUGACUGUAAUAUGCUGAUGCCUUCUAGUAACCAAUUCUCGCAGUAAUAAGGAUUUUGUUAAUAUAUGUCAACUCGAUGGAUCUUUCAUUGUCUUAAAUCUUUCUAACAGUGACUCCCUGCCCCCUCUUUUCUAGUAAAAAGAACCUCAUCCUCUUCAGUCUUUCUUGAUCAGUAUGUGCUGUCAAUUCUGCUAUUACCCUUGAGACUAUUUUUUGUCUGUCGCUGUAUAUCCUUUUCAUCAUGUGGAAUCAAAAAAUGUGCCCCAUGCACAUAUCCAAAGUUUAACACAGCUUUAACAUAACUUAUUUGAUUUCAAUUCUCUCACUCUGAAAAUCAACCGUAGUGCUUUAUAACCCCUUUUUAGUCCCUUAUUCCCUGACUUUACUAUUUUUAAUUAUUUCUAACGGCACUAUUUGAUCUCUUUGCGUCCCUGCACUGUUUUGGGCUCAUAUUAGGCAAGCAGCAGCUAGACUGAUUAGUUUUCACACCAAAAUGCUUUUGCUCACGUUGCAAAAUUAUUUUAUGUCCUCUCCUAUUCUUUCAGUCUUCCUUAUAUUAACUAUACUACUGCAUAUAUUCGGGUAAUAGUCACAUUUUUUUGACUACUUUUUAAGGUUAAAUUUAUGAGGUUGACUAUUACAUGGAUACUAAUUUUGAGGGGCUGAAAUUUGUGCCUGUCAAAAUUCACACUGUAUCAUUAGCAGAAGCCCAAUUGAUUUGUAAAUGAAUGAAGAGAAAAAAGAAUUACGGUAAUUCUGAAAACUUGGAGCGGAAUAGAACAGCUAGCAUACUGGAAGAUCAGGAGCAGAGUGGAACAACCGGCAGACUGGAAAGCUGGAGCGGGACAUGACAGCCGGCACACUGACUCAUAAAUGUUGAUCUGCGAUCUGUGAAGAACUAGGGCUGACUUUUACGUGCUGUAAGCUGUGACUCUUGAACUGAAAAAUCAGAGUCAUUUUCUCAGCGAACUCUACUUCUUACAAACUCAUGGAAUUAUCCAGAGAAAGAUAUCUGGACAACAAGGGGUGUGGCCAGCCAAAGAAGGAUCAUCUCAACAUUGGAACCAGGAAGCAAAGAUCAUUCAACUGUCAUUUCAGUUUUUCUACGUUUGCCAAUAAUCUAUUUUCCCUAUUUGUUUCUCUGUAUCUAUAUGUCUAAGUGGUGUUUAUAUAAAGGGGAUUAGUGUUAGUAGUGAAAGUUAUCAGUGUACCUGUAGCUAUAAUCUAAUCACUUUGGUAUAAAGAACAAAUUUUGUGUAGUAUAGAAACCUGGUCCAAGCUUUAUAUCAACCUUGGUCUGAAAGUCAGGUAAAUUGGGGUGCUGAGCAUAUUUUUAAAACCAUGUUGACAUUUAGUUUGACUCUGGGAAUGGUGGGACUUGAUUUAGGUGCACUCUCACCAUGGGCUGUAAAAAUAGUUCAAAAAUUUUUGAACAUUUGUUUUAGUGCCAAGCUAAAUGAUAUCCCUGAAAAUACUGAGAAAAGACAACCAACUAUUAAGUAUUUCAGCUAUUUUGCAGUCAUUACUUGCAAGUUCAUCUUUCACAUCCCUGAGACCCCCAUUCCCUACCUGACAUUCUUUUGUUAGUCAUGCAUGUAUAGAAUGCUGCAGGUUUCUUUGUAUCAUCUUAUGGCUUAAUAUUUGAAGUUCCUCUUUACUUUCUUAAUUAUCUUUUGAAUUCCUUUCAAACCUAUUUGUCAUUUUCGUUUGCAGUGUCUUUGCAGUUCCUUUUGCCAAUCUUGCCUUUGUUUGUGCAUUUAAGAUGUGUGUUCACUUUUAUCAUUAAGUAUUUAAUUAUCCAUGUUGUAUUAUUAUUGGCUAGCUUGCUGUCUGUUUUUUAGGGGACUAUAUUCUUCCUGAACUUUAUUAUUCCAUUUUCUUCCUGUGAAAAUGAGCUUUAUUUGCAAUAAAUUCUAUUACUCUUUACCUUACCUAGGCCUUGAUCACUCAUAAUUUUAAAUCCAACUGUUAUGUCACCAUUGCUUAGAUGUUCCCUGUACUUGCUUCUUGUACCUGCUGGGAUUCAUUUCCCGUGACUAUAUCCAGCUAUGGUUCUUCUUUGGUUGGCCAGUGCACUAUGUAAAAGUUUUUCUUUAUCCUGUUUUUUUAUUUGCAAACUUGUUUAGAUGCAGCUCCAUCUCCAAUAUUAUUAGUCAAUCUUAUUUAUUCAUUUCAUAAACAUUGCUCACCAGCCUUUUUCAUGCCUUAGUGACUGCACAAUAUCCCAUUAACAUUAUAGAUCUCUUGUAAUCCUUUAUCUCAAGCUUUACAAAUUACUUUCCAUUUUUUAAUGUUAGUCAUGUCCUUUCUUUUUCUCCCCUACUGCUACUAAGUUUUCUGUAAUUUGUACAGUACCUCCACCCUCCAUUACUUACCUAGCCGUUAUUUUAUGUCUAGUAAUUAUUUUGUACUUCUCUAACUGUAUUUGUCCCCUAACGCUUUAAGUUUCUCUUAAUUCUCCUUGAUCAGCAUAAUUUCUUAAUACAUAUAUCUCCUUUUGGUUAUCUUCUGCCAUAUACUGGCUUCAGUUCUUCUCCCUCUGCCCACCAUCCCUCCCAAUUCCCAGUAUGGUUCCAAAGAGCAAGCUUCUCUCUCUGGCAUAGAUUACUUGUGGAAGCAUGCAUUGUCCUGGGCUUCCAGUCCCCAGAUGUUUGGAGACUAGACUUGCAAACCAAGAUGCAUAUUGGGGCUUCAUACAUGUCUUGACCUCUGUGGGGAUUCCCAAUGAUUCCAACUGGCAAUGCCUCUGCUUCUCUAGACCCUCCGAAAUUCUGAGUUAGAAUCAGAAGCACUGGACAAUUUUUGGCAUAUUUACUUGGUUAGACUAAAAAAUUCCACUGACUAACUAUGUAACCACACCUCCAAUCACUCUCACUAACCACUUCCUCCCUCAAUGACUCUGGCCUUGACUCCCAACCCAUUUGUCACCUCUGCCACUGUACCAUCCUACUCUCCAACAACAAUAUCUGCCUAACAACCAACUCACUUGCCAACCUACUGACCUACCACCACUGACACACUCUACCACUGCCAUCAUUGCCACUCUGACCUGUGCACUCCUACAUAGUGCUAUGCCUGUGGCUGCAGCCUAACUGGGGGAAAGGGUUGGAGGAAGACUUCAGAAGUCUUGACAGGGGACCUCAGAACAGUUUCAGCUGAAGCACUUUUGUAUGGCUGGCAGCAGGAACACUGGUGGACUGUCAGUGGUAGGACCAGGAAUGCUGCAUGCUGGUAGAGAGGAUGGUAUGGAUUUUGUUCUCACUUUGGAACCACCGCCAAUCAGUCAGGUGGCACCUCAACCAAUCCUCUCAGAACACAGUUCAGUUGAUACCUAUGAAAUCUGAACAGAUGAUCCCUUUCAGCACUUAGAGUCCCAUCAGUGAUGGCAGCAGUUUAAGCUGAGAUGAGCCUAGCUGGAUUGCAAGGCGACAAGCAGAGAUUUGAUGACCUUUGUGUGACUUUCCUUGACAACACUGAUAUAUUGGCCAAGACUGUCAGAUUGAGGUUGGACUAAUGCACUGACAGAGCGGGGAAAUCCCUGUCGUUUCUCAGGGAGAGGCCUGAUGGAAUCAAAUUCCUCAACCACCAAGGGCUUCCCACCAAUCAGAGGCUAGCAUAUUUCCUCUGCUGCUGGAGAUGCACACAUCAGAGAUUUAAGUCAUGAUGGCAUCCCAGAGUGGAGGUUCAAUUGCGACGAAGAAGUUGAUACAGGUCUGCAGAUGCAUUAGGAACCAAGACACAGAGAGACUGUAGGCUGGGAGUCGUGAGAGGAGGGUGCACUGGGGUCCAGAGGUGAGAGCAGUUUUCAGCAGCCACCUUCCCCGAGGCCAGGACUUUGGAUCAGUCACAGAGUGCUUAAUUAUAGAGAACCCUCCAAGGGGAAAACCUAACCGGAUUUAAUGGUUGACUCUCCAGAUGCUGGAAAGCCAUAUAGCUUCAUUUUAAUAGCUAAUGGUAAAAGUGGUAAGUCUAAUAGAGUCAGGUAGAUCAGCUCUGUAUGUUUGACAUACAUUUGAUUGAAUUUGUUGAUAGAUGAUGAAUUGGGGUGUGGUGCAUUCAGCAGAGUGAGAGAUCGGUACCACCUUUUCAAAGGCAACUAGAGCUGUCAGUGUAUGCUGGGAGUAUAUGUCCACUUCUGAGAAGGGAAUUGCUAACAAGUGGCUUUAUUUGAUGCUGUAACCAAGUCCUGAAGACCAAGCUUAUGACAUUGGAAACAGAUAGCCAUGGAGUUCACUGACUUUACAAUAAAUAUCUGGAGGCUUCAAUUAUGUUUACUUACUUAAUUACACUCAAUUAAUCUACUUCAAUUAUGUUGUUAACUUUGUUUUAAGUUGGAAAUAUUUUACAGGUGAAUGCAUUAAUAUAAUGGCUGCCCAAAAGUUUAUUUCCACCCUAUAAUAUUCCAAUUAGGCACCCAAUAUAUGUGUCCAAAGGCUCUGGAUCUAUAUCUGAGAAACUUUGAGCCCACACUAUGCGAUCUGCUACCCUUAUUGCUCCAGUUUCUUCUUUCGCAGAACACUUUUCCCAGCCAUUUCUAACAACCAGAACAGUCAAAGUGUACUUCACCUUGUGGAAGUUCAAGUUAGCUUCAGUUGAUCCUAACUGUGUACAAAUCCAGACUCUGUGCUGAGUACACAGCCCAUCAGCAGUUUAUUUAAUGUUGGAUCACAUGACAUAAACAUGGAGGAGAGCUAGCGGUACAAAGUUUACAUGUUAUCUGCAUCACCACCAUUGGGUGCAAGGUAACUUUAUCCAUCAUGGAAGCCAGGCACACGAAAUAGAGGAAUGAUAUACUUACCUUGUCUGGUAGCAUUCCUAUUACACUAUUGUCUUAGCCAAUACUAGUGUAAAAGGUUGACUAAUGACAGUCAAGUGUUAACUGUAGGACUUUUGUCAUUUACCACAAGCUUCCCCUUAUUGUGACACAGCGAGAAACCCCAAAACAUCGCAAUGUUGUUAUAAUUGUCUGGAAUACAAGAUGCUGACAAAAUGAAGUUCUUGCAGUGCAAAGUUCUGUAUUCAGCUGGAUUCUACUUGGUGUUCAUUAUGGAUUCUUUCUACAGGAGACUGCGAAAAUCUGACCUGAAAUUCGUGGCACAGAUAAAAUUGUCCAGUAUAAGUCUGUGAAGCAAGGGCAAGAGUGAAACAUGCAAGAAAAUCAUUACUGACUGCAGGAGAAUGGAUCGUGGCUCUAAUUUUCCACCUCACAAACAAACAUUUUCAGCAGUGAAGGUGCUUCUGCUCAGAUUUGUCCCCUCCAGAAGAAGAUGGAACAAUGUCCAGAUUCAGCUGAACAUGAUCAAUAAUCCUUGGUGUAAUCACUUGCAGAAAAUCAGAAGAGAACCAAGCCAAGUGCUUCACCCUAUCAACUUUGAUGAAGAACAACAGUAAUUGUUUCUGCAAUGGUUACAUGAGCUGUGGUGACAUCCUGGUGAAAGUUGUUCAUUUUCUAUCCACUGUUGAAUCAUAGAAGGGAACAAAAAAAAACUGUAAAAGGUGAUAAAACAAAACAUGAAUUUUUUCAUAAAGUUUCGGAGGCAUUUGCGAAGGAUGGUGAUCUUACUGGCCGCCUUUUGCAUGGUGAGUGUUAUUAUAUCAGCUUAUUACUUGUAUACUGGCUACAAACAAGAGCUGGAACUUUCUAAGCCAACUCCAGAACAAGAUUGCGGAGAUCUCAAACUCCUACCAUACAGACUGUUUGAAAUGAAAACUGCAAAGCCCAUUGACACAUCUAGAGCAGACCCGAUGGCUCUGGUGUUUGUGGAGAGUCAAUAUUCACAGCUUGGGCAAGAGAUUGUGGCGAUUUUAGAGUCGAGCCAUUUUCAGCACCAUACUGAAAUUGCCCCUGGCAAAGGGGACAUUCCUGCCCUUACAAACAAGGACCGGGGCAGAUAUGCACUUAUUAUAUAUGAAAACAUUUUGAAAUAUGUGAAUAUGGACUCCUGGAAUAGAGAGCUGCUGGAUAAAUACUGUAUGGAGUACAAUGUUGGCAUUAUAGCAUUCCACAAAGCUAAUGAAAAUAGUUUAUUGAGCUCACAGUUGAAGGGCUUUCCCUUGAAUCUACACACCAACCUCGCCCUUAAGGAUUGCUGUAUAAACCCACGGUCUCCUUUACUGCACAUCACUAAAGCUAAAGAAGUUGAGAGAGGCCCUUUACCAGGAGAGGACUGGACUGUGUUCCAGUCUAAUCACUCUACCUACGAGCCUGUGUUGCUGGCCAAACCAAGUUCCACUGAUAACAUUCCACAUCAGAUUGCUGAUGAAAUUCUGCACGCCACUGUGGUUCAGGAUCUGGGGCUACAUGAUGGCAUUCAGCGAAUUCUCUUCGGCAACAACUUGAAUUUCUGGCUGCACAAACUUAUUUUCGUGGAUGCAAUUGGUUUCCUUUCAGGGAAGAAAUUGUCACUCUCUUUGGAAAGGUACAUCUUGGUGGAUAUUGAUGACAUUUUUGUUGGGAAGGAAGGAACAAGGAUGAACGUGAAUGAUGUAAAGGCAUUACUUGAAACUCAAAACCUCUUGCGCACCCAAGUUCCCAACUUUACUUUCAACCUCGGAUAUUCUGGAAAAUUCUACCACACAGGUGGUAGAGGUCGCAGGUUUGGAAGGUGCUGUCGAAGGAACCUUGGAACAUUUGCAGAGGAUGAAGGAGAUGAUCUGCUGCUGAAGUAUGUGAAUGAAUUCUGGUGGUUUCCUCACAUGUGGAGUCACAUGCAACCUCAUCUCUUCCACAAUGAGUCAGUGCUGGCUGAGCAAAUGAUUCUCAAUAAGGAGUUUGCAUUAAAACAUGGCAUUCCUAUUGAUAUGGGCUACGCCGUGGCACCACAUCACUCUGGAGUCUAUCCGGUCCAUGUGCAACUCUAUGAGGCUUGGAAGAAGGUGUGGGGUAUCAAAGUGACCAGCACUGAAGAGUAUCCGCACUUGAAACCAGCACGAUACAGACAUGGCUUCAUCCAUGGUGGCAUCAUGGUACUUCCACGGCAAACCUGUGGCCUUUUCACCCAUACCAUAUUCUACAAGGAGUACCCUGGAGGCCCCAGAGAACUGGACAAGAGCAUCAGAGGAGGAGAACUUUUUCUCACUGUUCUUCUCAAUCCAAUCAGCAUCUUCAUGACACAUUUAUCCAAUUAUGGAAAUGAUAGACUAGGACUCUAUACAUUUGUGAACCUGGCUAAUUUUGUCCACUGUUGGACCAACCUGAAGCUACAAACCAUCCCCCCUGUACAGUUGGCGCACAAAUAUUUUGAACUCUUUCCAGAACAAAAGGACCCGCUCUGGCAGAAUCCAUGUGAUGAUAAACGACAUAAAGACAUCUGGUCUAAAGAGAAAACCUGUGAUCGUUUACCAAAAUUUCUGGUUAUUGGACCUCAAAAAACAGGCACGACCGCCUUGUACUUGUUCCUAAUUAUGCAUCCAGCCAUCACCAGUAAUUUCCCCAAUCCAAAGACCUUCGAAGAAGUGCAGUUCUUCAAUGGGAAUGCCUAUCACAAGGGAAUUGAUUGGUACAUGAAUUUUUUCCCCAUCCCUUCCAACAUGACCACAGACUUUCUGUUUGAGAAAAGUGCAAACUACUUUCAUUCAGAGGAUGCUCCGAAGCGAGCUGCAGCCCUCUUGCCAAAGGUGAAGAUAAUCACCAUCCUCAUCAACCCUUCAGAUCGGGCCUACUCCUGGUACCAGCACCAGCGAGCACAUGAGGAUCCCGCUGCCCUUCGGUAUAGUUUUUAUGAGGUGAUCACGGCAGGUCGGCGAGCUGUUCCUGAGCUUCGGGCCCUUCAUAAUCGGUGUCUGGUGCCUGGCUGGUAUGCAGCACACAUCGAAAGGUGGCUAACAUACUACCCAACUCGACAGUUACACAUUAUAGAUGGGCACAAGCUGAGAACAGAUCCUGCUGCAGUAAUGGAUGGUGUGCAGAAAUUCCUUGGAGUUUCCCAAUACUACAAUUAUUCUCAGGCCCUCACGUUUGAUCCGCAAAAGGGCUUCUGGUGCCAGUUGCUUGAAGGAGGAAAGACAAAGUGUCUGGGGAAAAGCAAAGGCAGGAAGUAUCCAGCCAUGGACGUAGAGUCUAGAACAUUCCUGUCACGAUACUACAAGGACCACAAUAUUGAACUGUCCAAGCUGUUCUACAGACUGGGUCUGCCGUUGCCAUCUUGGUUAAGGGAAGAGCUACAAAAAGUGAUGAGAUAGUUGUUGGAAAACUGGAAGCAAAUCGCUAUUGUCCUCUUAUCAGCCCCAACACACAGCACCCCCCCAUUAAGCCCACUCCUAAGCUAGGAGUGACUGCCAAAAAAAAACUUUCUACUAUACCUCUACAAACAGAAAGUAUUCUUUAAUCUUUCCAUGUGCUGGCAUGUGGUAUUGUGAAGCUGACAGCAGUCGAGAAAGUGUGGGUCAGCAGCCUAUGGCUGAAUUAUAUAUGUUUAACUGGUAAUAUUUUGUGAGGAUUCAGUCUGUGUUUCCCACCCCCACCCCCCACCCCUUACAUCUCCUCCUUUCUGAGGAUUGAAUGAUGUAUUGUAAAGAUAGAAAAAUGUGACUUUUUUUUUUGUAAAUGAAACCUGUACAGUGCUGGUUAACUGUCUGGUACCUACAGUGAAAUAAAUUGCACUAUGUUACUUUUACUGCCAUGCAUAUAAAUUAAACUGAAAUCAUAAUCUUGCUAUUAUAGAUCUGUGUUUUAAAAUCUCUGGAGUUUCUAAUCCUUUUGAUUUGUUUAUUCAGUAAUGACAGUUUACACUGAUUACAAACAACACUCUAUAUAAUUUGCCAAUGUAAUAAGUAUCUUCUCCCUACGUUUGCUGUUGAUGCAACAAUCUCCUCAGAAGCUAACCUACUAACUCUCAUGUAACCAUGUCUGAGAUGGAAGUGUUACUGAUUGACAAAAUAGUACUAAAGAUCCGUAAUGCCCCACUGUAACUUGGGAACAGUAUUUGGUUAUAUCAUGAAUAAAACAUUGUUCCAUCUAAAGUAAAAAGUCAACAAAAACAUCAAAAUAAGUACAGGCGUGCAAACCUUUAGCAGCUGCUGGUGAAACACUUCCUUCUCUGUCAGGGCAGAAAUGACUCUCAAAAAGUGAGCGAUAUAGAAUUUGCAAUAUAGCAUCUACAUAUCUGUACCACCUCUCUGAGCCAUGUGCGACCAGUGUAUCCCCUCCCCUUUUCUCUCUCGGAUAUAAUUGAAGGAUUAUAUAGAAGGCUGCUGGAUAUACAUUUUGAUUAUAUGUCUAUAUAGAAGGACAAGAUGUGAAUGUGAGCAUUACAGAAAAGAAGAUGAUUGUGCGUGCUCCUACAACAUGUAGGUUUGGACUGUGAUCACAUAUGACUUACUCAGAUACAAAAGAAAUGGAAAACUCUAUCUCUUUGGCACCUUAUUGGUGAACUUGGUUGCUUUGAUGAAGAGUUCCUUGAAAACAAGCAAUGUAAGAAGUGAAAGCUAUCGUAGGGAGAUUUUUCUCUGCUUGUGGUAAACAUACAGAAGACAUGCAGUAUGACUGUCCUGAAAAGUUACUGCAUGGUCACUUGUCAUGCAUCCCCCAAACUGGCAAAGCAAAACAUACAUAUAGUUGACUGCUUGGCAAUCUGGAGAUGAGACACUAGGUUGUACAGUUGUCUCAUUAAGUAACUUCAGCAGCAGUAGAAGUAUCUUAGAUGGCAAAUGUUAGCAUGAGGCAACACCAGAGAGCAGCAGGUAAUAUGACAGCUAACCUACAAUGAAUAUAUAAAAUGUAAAAUGUUGUCAGAUGGAAAGAUCAUAAAUAACUGCCAGAGAAAUGUUUCUAAAGCUCAAUCCAGUUCUUUCUGAUGGCAGCUGAGGACCCCUUUAAGGAUAUUUGGAAUUGGAACACAACUUUCAAUUUGUAACGCCCAUGGUUGGUGAAUUAGAGCAGGAACUGGCAAUAUGCAGGAGGACAGUGACAAAUUUAGUCUAAAUUACACCAUGUCUCCCUAUCUACAUAUACCCAUGAAGAUCCUGCCUGGAGCUGACCACUUGAUUUCAGACCCAUCCAAAAAUUGACAGAUAAACAGCAAUAAGUUGGUGGUGCGUCAGCUGACAUUGCCUUGAACACAAAUAGAGCAGUAGGAAAAUGGAUAAUACUCCCAUUUUGUUUCAAAAGUCUCUAGAAAUUUCUUUGUUCAAAGAAAGAAAUUCUUUGUUUCAUCUGGACUGCAAAUAAAGAUGAUGACAUUGCCCUUCACUGAUCCUUCCCAAUAUUCUCCAGUUUUCCUUCAUUAAGUAACAGCAACAGCACAGAGCUUUUUGUAGAUCUGUAAUUAGUGUUUCAAAGUGGUCCCUAAAUUGAUGAUGUUAUUUUCACACUUGUAAUGCACUCCAGGGAAAUAAUGUUGCAUUUAUACCAUGUACUUGUGCUGGGUUUGUGUUUCACAAGGAGCAAUUAAUCAGCCACACAAUUGCAUUUCUCUCACAAAUUCCAAAGUAUAUGAACCCAGCAGAAGAAACUUGAAUUAAAAAUAUGUCAUGCUUCAGGUUUCCAAAAUGAAAUGUUCUUCUGUUAUCUGACCCAGAUCUGUUGUGCGCAGAAACAAAUUCUCAGUUAAGUAACUUGAAAGCAAAACAGGUACAUUGCCUUUGUGUACUUACUCUAUUCCAAAUCUAUCAUGGAUGCUAGUUUAAACAACCAAUGGUCGCAUGGGUACAGGAAUAAUCUACAACACUCAAAAUAGGUGUAGACUGUGAACUGUAGAUGUGACUAUCAUUGUUAGGUGUUUUUUUUUUGCUUCAGAUAUGUACAUAAUAAAUGAAUAAGAGAUAUCAAGUCUUUAACAUUGGUACAGAUUUUUGCCCUCAAGAAGAUAACUACUAAAUUAAUCUGCUUCUGUCUCUGAGAUUAUUUUACAAAAUACAGCUCUGACAGCAGAGGAAGCAAAUAAAAUCAUAUGUUUUCAAACCACACAAAUUUGUUUGGGCUGCAACAGGAUACGAGUUUCGAGCCAUGUUUAAACAUUUAUUAAGCAAAAAUUGUUUGACCAAUAAUGUUUAUCAAAUUGAAAUUGGAAAUGCUACCAUGUUUUUUUUAACAUGUUAUCAAUAUGCUUUGCAUCAGUCACAUGGUGAAACUAUGAUUUUGCUGGUCCCUAGUGUUGAGAUUUAUUUUUCACUCUGCUGCAGAAUGUUGUGAUGUGACACUUCAAUUGUUGGAGGAGGGAACACUGACGUUACCAGGAGUGAUAUUUUGCACAGUUAAGAUAGGGACAAGAUUAACAAAGAGGCAGUCAUAGAGACAGUGCUGCAAACAUUUUAGUUUUUUCAUUGCUUUUAGCAAUAUCCUCUGGAGCAAAAUGGAAGUGUGAGUCUCCCACUGUAAACAAAUAGAAUGUACAUUGAAAUCUGUAGGAGAACACAUUGGCAAUGGGGGCAGGAAUGCUUCUGGGCUAGUAAUGCUCAGAUCUGCACAAGAGCUCUAGGGAUGAGAUCAAUUCAAUUUAAAUUCAAUGAAUAAACAUAGAAAAAUCUUUAUCUUAUUAAUAAGGAUAAGGCAACUGGGUUGUAGAAAUCUAAUUGGUUCACUAACGCCCUUCAGGACAGGAAAUCUACCACCCUUAUGUGUUGUAGCCUACGCGUGACUCCAGAUCCACAGAAACAAAAGCAAAAUAGUGUGCAUGAUGGAAAUCUGAAAUAGAAACAGAAUUGUUGGAAAAGCUCAGCUAGUCUGGCAGCACCUGUAGGGUGAGAGAAAUGGAGUGAACAUUUUGAGUCGAUUAUGAUUUUUUUUCUUUGAACUGACCAGGAGCUGCAGGUAUAGCAAAUCACUGUUUUACCAAAUACAAAAAAAAUCAUCAUUGUCACUGACUUCCAGUUUCUUAAGGGCAAUGAGCAGUAGGCAAUAAAUGCUGGUUUUGCUAAUGAUGUUCAAAUCCCAAGAGCAAAGACAAAGUAAUUGUUAUCGACUCCUCUAUUACUCCAGUGUUGCACCGUUCAACUCAUAGUUUAGUCCCUUGUUAGCGAAAUACCACAUUAUCAUAUAUUGGAUUGCUUUUCAAAUAUGCAUUGUGAGUGGGGUGUUCCAUCUGUCAAAAUAUGCAUCAGAAUAACAUGGGUGCACUGCAUACAAUUUUCCAAUCUGCAAUGCCAGUGAGUGAGAUUUCCCCAAGCAAAAGAACAAACUCAUAGAAACAACUUUCAUAAUAUUAAUCCCAGUAGAAAUAACACAGGUUGGCAUACUUACAGACUGGCAUUACUGCCCAAGGAGUAACUUUAUAUAUAUUUAUAUAUUUUGCUGCUUAUAAAUUGAGCCUUCCAAUUUUUAUGUUGUCAUUAUUUUAACAGCAUUAAUCUUAAUUGUCUGAUUAAUUUAUUGUCUCAUUCAUGUUGAAGAAAAUAAAAGCUGCAAAGUUCUUUUAAACUUUGUAAAAUUGGCAUGUGAUACUUUCGCUGACUCAAAUGAGCAGGCAUCAGCCAGUUCAGUCAAUCAUAACAAAGCACUUUUUAAAUAUGAUUUCACUAAACAAUGAAAAUUUAGAAAUGACAUCGUCUAUCUAAAACAUAUUCAGAUUUAAUGCCAACAACUUUCAUUUUAUAGCAACUUUGAUGUAGUAUAAUUCUGUACAUUUCUUAAAUGAAGCGCAUUUUGAGUAACUUUAAGGUCCUGCAGGUGAGGGUCCAUUUCCAUAGAAAUUAUUGUCAUAACAUUAAUGCAUCCUAUCCCUUACUCAUGCUCCUUGAAGUGUGAAGACAGAAAUAAUGAUAUUGUCUCUAUUUACAAGCCUCUAAAUUUUGAUCAAUAAGUAAAGAUGUAAUAAUAAUUUCAAAGUGGAUAAUGAGCAUUUCAUUUGCAUUGUCAUUUUCUCGUGAUCUUUUGGUUUAAUUUGAUACAUUUUCCAGAAUCAUAGAGUGUGUGAGUGUGUGUUAGUUUUUUUUUUUAAAUAUAUGUUGUCAUGUAUUUUUAUUUUCAUGUAAUGGCAGAAUACAAUUAUGAUGUUGAAUUGUUGUAGUUUUAAUCCAUUACCAAAAUAAUAUAAUUGAGUUUUAUUUUCUUGCUACAGUGUUUCUUUCUGCUGAAAAAGCAAUGUUAUGUUAGCAGAGAUAAAAAAAGAUUGUCUGCAAAUGUACUUUAAGUACCUAUAUACUUAAAACUAGUUUAUGUCCAUGAAUAUUAUAUAUACAUCACAUAAAAAAUAGCUGAGCAUUCAUCUGAUAACAGCAACAACAGUACUUUGCUGGUUUUGGUUUUACAAUGACUCACUAAUAAUGUAACAGUUCAAAAAUAGUUAUUUUUGCAGUACCUGUCUUCCCACAAUCUUCUUCAGAAGAUGGCUGCCCAUACAGCCAUAGCCUGUCUCAUCAGUGGUCUUGCAUUUAUAGUGAAGGUUUGAAUAACUUCUUUAAGAUUCAUAAGAGAAUUGACCAUUCUGGUUCAGAAUAUUAGUCUUGCCAUACUAAGAUUAAAAGUGUUGUUCUAUUAUGUUUUAUAUUUAUCUCUUCAUUGUUUUACAAUUAUUUCAACCUUCUUUAACAUGUCAGUACCUCAUAGAAUUUGAUUUUAAACAAAAGAAUAUAACAAUCGACUCAUUGAAAAUUAUUUGGAGAAAGAUCUUAAAUGUGAGUUUUGCCAAUCAACCAAAAAUUACGUAACCAGUGGGAGAGAUGACAGAUUUCAGGUUUAGAUGGGGAUGAAUCAGUUUACACAUGUGGAACAUAUGUUGGUGAGGGUCAAGUAUAAAGUUCUGUACCUAUUAAUCAUUCAAACCUCUCCUCCAAAACAAAACUUAUUGUGCACUGGAACAUGUGGAAAUAGGUCGGUCUGUACUUUGAACCUGUUCAGCCAUUCAAUUAGAUCAAAUUUAAUGUGUAUCCAACCCCCAUUUAAACAAACUUGCUCGAUACUCUUUGAUACUCUCUUCUACCCAAGAUAUAAGAAUUUCAGCCUUAAAACUUUUAAUUGACUCAUUAUGCAAUAUAAUCAAUUGCCUUUGUAUGACAGUCUGUAUCUUGAUGGUCACUCUUCAGUGGCCUGUAUAUAAAUAUAAAAUUAUGCCCUCUUCUUCUGGAUUUCUCCAUAGAGAAAAUAUUUAUUUAUAUCAACCAUUUUUGUUUGUGUUUCAAAUCCUUUUAUCGUUUUCAGCACCUCAAUGAGGUCAACCCUCAACUUCAAAUCAGGACAAGCUGCAUCUAGGCAACAAUUAAUUUGGCUCUUUAACCCUUCUAAGAGUUCUAGUGAAGCUGUGCUCAAUCUCUUUUAAAGCCAAUAUAUCCCUCUCAAGACAACAUACUGCAGAUAUUGAAAAUCUAGAAUGUAAACAAAAAUUACUGCAAAUGUUUAGUAAGUCAAGCAACCUGACACACCAAGUAUUUCCAGCCUAUUCUGCUUGUAUAACUGUCCUGACUUUCAGAGCCCAAACUGGAGGCUAUACACCACCUGGGAUCUGACCAAAGCUCUGUAAAACUGAAGCAUCACUUCCAAAUUCCUGAAUACCCAACACGACAUUGUUGGUGAUUGAGUAAAUGUGGGUAAAUGCUUGAACGUGAUGUGAAAUGUUAUCACUGUUUUCAUUGAUAAAUGUUGGUAUAGAGUCAAGGUCCUGGUGAUCGACAAUAUUAUGAUUGAAAAGGGUACAUUGAGAAUAUGAGAUAAAUCUGGGUGUUUCAAUGCCCCCCCCCCCCCCCCCCGCCGCAACCCACACAAGCUUCAUUUCAAGCCUAAGACUUGUAAGAGGCAAGACAGAGAGAAAGAACAGGAGAGUUAUUUUGAAAAUGUGGCGAAGAAUGGUUUAAGUCAGGGCACUGAGUAAUAAUUCUUAAGCAAUUUAUCUAUUUGCUGCUCCCUUUCAGGAACAGCAAUUGCAAGGACUUUUCCCAAAAUGUAAUUUCCUUAUUAAUAAUCCUCUAAUACAGAUGUUCAUUCUGCCCAACACAUUUGAUAUUGCAAUGAAUUUGUUGCUGUUAUCUGAAUGGCCAAUAUUUUAUUAAUGGUCAAAAAGUGUAAACAAUUUCACUUUUGCUUUGAUUGUUUUGUCAAAAGCUGAUUUAUAUUUUUUAAACAUUGUAAAUUUGACUUUGUAUUAGGUGGCAGUUUUAAAAUUCCUGUCAGAAUAAACAAGUGCAGAAUGACUUGGGUGUCUUCUAGUGACAGAUCAGUGCUGCUGUGUGGUGGUCCUGUUUGUUUUAUUAUUGCCAAUGGUUUAGCAACACAGUUAUUGACAACAACAUGAUGUAUUUGUGAAACUGCAAACAACGGAAUCGAACGUAAAGUGGAUCUAACAUGAAAAGGGGAAGUAGGACCCUCUGGUGAGAGAGUGGAGUUAGACUAACAUUCAUAGGUUACAAUUCCAAUUCCAAUAUCAGUACAUAAGUACUGAGUAUAAAUCCAUGUAUUGGAUCUGUCAAUCAUUUCCUGCAUUCCAAAGCCUAGUACACUGUAUAAUGUGACUUGCUACAGAACAUCUCUUGUCUUCAGUUGACCAUAGAAACUGGUGGAGUUGUUAUGAAUGGUUAUUUUUUUGUGACAGCUAUGGAUUUUUUCAUCAUAUUUGCUUUGAUCUUUAUCUCUAUCUCUUUUCAACCCAAUGUUAUUUUACUCUGAAGUAAAUACAAAUAUUGUUCCAAAUAGAUUUGUGAUAUAGACAGCUUUUCACAAUGACAUAUGUGUAAUUCUGUUGCUGUCAUAGACUAAAACUGAAAUUGUAUGAGCAAAGUUGUUGGAUUUUAUAUCAGCCAAGAUAAUUAAUUACUUUGUUAUAUUUUUUCUUUGAAUCUACAUUCCAAAUUCUUUGUUAUAUCUUCUAGCUUUGAGCUUCAGUGCCCUUUCAAGGCAGUUAUAUAUUUGGACAUGACAUCUGAUAUACACAAAUAUGCUGUACAGAAAAAUGUAUAUUUGCAGUCAUUUCUGUGUGCUGGAAGAGUUGGGAUCAACUCAAAAUGUACUGUUGAGACCAUCGGUGUAGCGCAAAUAGUUGUAUAUGUACAUUAGACUAUCUGGAAGUCCAUUCUGGUGAUCUAUUGAUUUGUGAACAACAGUUUAAUAACCUGUAUCUAGUUUGAUGCUAAAUUAAAUAAAUAAA